AUGAGCAGAAGAACUGUACCUUGCAGCCGAUCCUGGUCAAUUAGUGAAGACUCUCUUAGAAGGUAUGUGCAGUUUGCAAGUGAAAGCUGCAUACAAGAGUUGUUAGCCGCUUCCGACACAAAUAGAGGAAACAAUGGCAACAAUGAUGGAUGGAAAGUGAUCACUCUUGACAAUGGAGUUGAGAUAUCAAAACGCAUGUCGGGUUCUUUUCACACUUUUCGUAGCCGUUGGGUACUUAGAUCCGUCUCUCCGCAACAGUUCAUCACAGUGGCUAAUGCCAUUGACGCGGCAAAGCAAUGGGACUCUGAUUUGGUGGAAGCAAAGUACAUAAAAGAAAUUGAAGAGAAUCUAAGCAUAAUUCGUCUGAGGUUUGGAGAUAACUCAAAGCCUCUCUUCAGGAAUAGAGAGUUCAUUGUCUACGAGCGACGUGAAACCAUGGAAGAUGGCACUGUGGUUGUAGCAGUUGCUUCACUGCCGAAGGAAAUAGCUGCUGGGUUACAUCCAAAGCAAAAUAAUGCAAUCAGAGGAUUAUUGCUACAAUCAGGAUGGGUAGUGGAGAAGCUUCAAGAUAACUCAUGUGCUGUUACUUAUGUUGUUCAGUUAGAUCCUGCAGGGUGGCUGCCAAAGUGCUUUGUCAAUAGAUUUAACACGAAACUUGUUAUGAUCAUUGAAAACCUUAGAAAAAUAGCACAAGCAUGUCCAAAAGAAGCUGAAAAGUGA